GCCGGCGCAACCGAGGAGUGAGAUUUUGCAGCAGGGAUUUUUAGAGAUGGCAAGAACGUCGACGUUUCUUCUCUGUACUCUCGUCCUCUUCGGAACCCUAGCUCUCAUUCAGGCUAAGAAGUCGAAUGAAGAUUUGAAGGAAGUGACUCAUAAAGUUUUCUUUGAUGUUGAGAUUGCUGGAAAGCCAGCUGGUCGAGUUGUGAUGGGUCUGUUUGGGAAGGCGGUUCCUAAAACCGCAGAAAACUUCCGAGCACUCUGCACAGGGGAGAAAGGUGUUGGAAAGAGUGGAAAACCUCUCCACUACAAGGGUAGUACAUUCCACAGGAUUAUUCCCAGCUUCAUGAUCCAGGGAGGUGAUUUUACACUGGGUGACGGAAGAGGUGGAGAAUCAAUCUACGGAGAGAAGUUUGCUGACGAAAACUUCAAACUGAAGCAUACUGGACCAGGGUUUCUGUCAAUGGCAAAUGCUGGCCCUGACACAAAUGGUUCACAAUUCUUCAUUACAACUGUGACAACUAGCUGGUUGGAUGGUAGACAUGUUGUAUUUGGAAAAGUGCUAUCAGGAAUGGACGUAGUUUACAAGAUGGAAGCCGAAGGAAAGCAAAGUGGCACACCCAAGAGCAAAGUCGUUAUUGCAGACAGUGGUGAACUUCCACUAUGAUUGUCUUUAAUUUUCUUCGGACAUAUCUAGUGAUGUCAUAGUUAAUUUGCUCUUUCAGUUUCCUGUAUGAGACCAUUUCAUAUAAAACCGAUGAUUUACCAGUAGGUAUUUCAUCUUAAAGUGGCUGUGUUUCUUUU